AUGCCCUUCUUCCACCGCGAUGACCUCAACCUCUACCAAAACCUGGAGUCCCCGAGCUUCUUUUGGCGCGGUGCCUCGUACCAGACGAUCCUCACCGUCGCCACCUUGUCACGUCUGUUCCUGUAUGCGCUCAACAAAACCGAAGUCCAUGGCCUCCCUCGUUUCCUCGACCUGUUAAAGUCGCGUUCCGACUACAAGACGCGUCGCCGCGGUCUGCUGACCGUCUCGAAUCACAUCUCCGUCCUCGACGAGCCCUUGAUAUGGGGCGUGCUCCCAGUCUCCUUCGCCGCUUUCCACGGCUACAUGAACCACCGCUGGAGCUUGGGUAGUCACGACAUCUGCUUCACAAAUGCGCUUACUUCGCACUUCUUCACGUUGGGACAAGUUCUGCCCAUCCACCGCGGCGCACACUCCCCUUUCGGUGGACCGUACCAGGCGACGAUGACCGAAGCCGUCCGCCUGCUCUCCAAGAUCUCGGCACAAAAGCAGUCGCUCAGCCCUCUGAGCAACCCACGCUUUCACAAGGAUUGGAAACCUCCUCAGUGGCCCUGGGACUGCGUGGACCCGUUCUCCGAGAUCUCUCCUCCGCCCUGCUAUCCGUCCCAACCCUCCGAUGUGAGGUGGUACCUCGCCCCUUCGCGUUACGCGAGCAAUUCUUAUAGCUGGGUACAUAUUUUUCCCGAGGGGAUGAUCCACCAAGCCACGGACAAGACGAUGCGUUACUUCAAGUGGGGAGUGGCACGACUAAUCCUCGAGCCGCCCGAAUGUCCCGACGUGGUGCCCAUGUUCAUCGAGGGGACGGACCAGGUCAUGCAUGAGAGUCGGGCGUUUCCGCGCUUCAUCCCCCGGAUCGGGAAGAGAAUCUCUCUCACGAUUGGGCGGGAGCUGGACGUCGAAGCCGUCUUUGGCGACUUGCGCAAGCGCUGGAGAGAUCUGGCCGACCGACACGCCCGUGAAGCCGGACUGCCGGGAUGGGACGAGAUGAUAUUGGGCCUGGUCCCCGAGAACCUGGCCAACCAUCCCGAGGCAAUGGAGCUAAGGAUAGAGUGUACAAAACGGGUCCGCGAGGCGGUCCUGGAAGUCCGACGAUCCAGGGGUUUGCCGGACGAGGAUCCCAAGAAUGGGGUGGUCGAGACCUGGGCGAGAGAAGGGCCGAAGCGCGAAGGUUUGAUGGAUGACGGCACUUGGGUCAAGGAUACCUAG